UGCAGGCGACACUGAGAUCACAGGGGGCGUAUGUAUAAUACGUACAAGCCUCCGUGAAAACCUUUAACAGCCACUGGAGCAAUCAUGGCAAAAAAUAUUAAGGAGCAUCUGGAGGAUACUUUUAAUGAUCUUGGGAAGGACGAGCUAAAGAGUUUUAAAAAUAAACUCUGCGAUCGGAAGAAAGAACAGGGGGUCCGAAAAGCUAAAAUCGAAAAAGUUACCGACGCUAUAGAUCUCGCUGAUUUAAUGGUGAACACUUUCACAUCGACUGGUGCGCUUCCUGUAACAAUCGAAAUUUUACAGGUUAUUGGCUGUAACGAACAAGCAGCGGAGCUCAAAGAGAACACAGGACAAUGUUUGCCUGUGGCCCGGUCACAUGUGGAUGUAGUAGACUCAGGAGCAGGUCUGGGUCUGAAGGUCGAGUUUGCUCUGUCAGAUGAUUGGCACACACAAUUGCAUGUUCUUCCAUGCAGCCAAGAAUUUAAAAACAAAAUUCUUAGAGAAAAUGGACAGGAGAUUUACGAAAUAAAAGACAAGUCUGUAAGAAAACGUCUUGCCCUGCUUAUCAACAACAUAGAUUUUGAUGAUAAGGAUAUGACAAGAAGAGGGGCGGACAGAGAUGAAGACAACAUGGAAUGGCUGUUAAAAGAGCUGGAUUAUCAAGUUGUCAAGUACAAAAAUCUCUCUGCAAAGGACAUAGAGGAAGCAGUCAAGGACUUUGCUAAACGUCAAGAACAUGCAUAUUCAGACAGCACCUUUGUGGUUAUAAUGUCCCACGGCAAAAGGGAUGCCAUAUUGGGUGUCCGUUAUAAUCCAAUAUCCAAUCCCUCUGAUACCUUCCCGAUUGAUAAAGUCUACCGCUGUCUGAACACUGAGAAUUGUCCAGGUCUGCGUGAUAAACCAAAGGUUAUUCUUAUCCAAGCCUGCAGGGGAGGGGAGCAUGGACGCGUGUGGGCCAGUGACGGUGAGUCGAUGGCUGUAGAGGGCGAUGACUUUGUGCACAAGGAGAAAGACUUCAUUUCUCUGAUGUCCUGCACGCCGGACACCAAAUCUUACAGGCAUGUUCAGAAUGGAACAUUUUAUGUCCAAAACCUAGUGGAUGUGUUAAUGAAACAUGCACAUGAGGAUCACAUUGAGGAAUUGUUCAGGAAGGUUAUUAGACGCUUUGACAGGUCAGAUUUGAUGGGGCGCUUCAGACAAAUGGCAUGUAAAGACAGAGCGUCGCUGCCAAAGUUGUUCUACCUGUUCCCGGGGCUCUGAUAUACCAGUUGUACAUGUUCUGACUCCUCAUCUGUGAAUUUUGAAUCUCCAGCGUAGCCUGAACCAUCUCUAUACUGUAUGUCUGAAAAAAGUUCUUUCAAAAAAAGAAAAAAAAAUUCUUAAACAGUUUUUAGUAGGCAUAAUUGUUUACAAAUGAAUCAAUAACUUUGCCUUUUCUCUGGAAAGAAAACCUGUUCUAAUACAUAAAAGUCCUGUCUUGCACAAACAAGUUUUUUGUUGUGUUAUACGAAACCAUAAAGACCUUCAAACGACACCGGUAUAUAUU